UCAGUGGCUAUAAUUUUCUUUAAUCUAUGGCAUAAAAAUUAUACAAAAUAUUUUUGAACUUUUAUUUACCUUAUAAGUGCUUUCUUUAGUUGGGAAAUAUGUUAGUCCUGUAUUUUUGAUAAGGAACCCGAAAUCGAAAGAGGGUAAAUUAAUUGGUAAUGGCCACACAGCAGUGAAACUGGACUAGAUCCCAGGGUUCCCGUUUUACUUUUGUGCAGGUUGGAGAAAAGUAAGGAUACCAUCUAAUUACCCAUUCUUUAUCUUGACAGUCUCUUCAACAGGUCACGUUUAAGAGGUUUCUUGUACCUCCUGUUGCCAGUGGCUGGGACACAAUGGAUCACACAGGGGCAGUAGACGCUGAGGAUGAAUUGGGACCGUUAGCCCAUCUUGCUCCAAGUCCUCAAAGUGAAGCUGUUGCUCACGAAUUCCAGGAACUCUCAUUGCAGUCCAGUCAACACUUACCCCCUCUGAAUGAAAGGAAGAACGUGCUCCAGCUGAGGCUGCAACAAAGGAGGACGAGAGAACAGCUCGUGGACCAGGGCAUCAUGCCACCUUUAAAGAGCCCAGCGGCAUUCCAUGAACAGAUAAAAAGCUUGGAACGAGCCAGAACUGAAAACUUUCUGAAACACAAGAUUCGGAGCCGCCCAGAUCGUUCUGAACUUGUCAGGAUGCACAUUUUAGAAGAAACAUUUGCAGAGCCAUCCCUACAGGCUACUCAGAUGAAGCUGAAAAGAGCUCGACUAGCCGAUGAUCUGAAUGAAAAGAUUGCUCAAAGACCUGGUCCUAUGGAGCUGGUAGAGAAAAACAUCCUUCCUGUAGACUCCAGUGUUAAGGAAGCAAUUAUAGGUGUUGGAAAGGAGGACGAUCCCCAAACUCAGGGCGACUUCUCAUUUGACGAAGACAGCAGCGAUGCUUUGUCUCCGGACCAGCCAGCGAGCCAGGAGUCGCAGGGGUCAGCCGCAUCCCCAAGUGAGCCAAAAGUUAGUGAAUCGCCGUCUCCUGUGACUGCAAACACUCCAGCCCAGUUUACUUCAGUGUCCCCAGCAGUUCCUGAAUUCUUGAAAACUCCUCCUGCGGAUCAGCCUCCCACAAGGUCCUCAGCUCCUGUCCUCCCCACAAACACUGUGUCCUCAGCAAAGCCUGGGCCAGCACUGGUAAAGCAAAGCCAUCCCAAGAAUCCGAAUGACAAACACCGUAGCAAAAAGUGCAAAGACCCCAAACCGCGGGUAAAGAAGCUGAAGUACCACCAGUACAUUCCACCGGAUCAGAAAGGUGAGAAGAACGAGCCACAGAUGGAUUCCAACUACGCCCGCCUGCUCCAGCAGCAGCAACUGUUCCUGCAGCUGCAGAUCCUGAGUCAACAACAGCAACACUACAACUACCAGACGAUCCUGCCUGCGCCGCUCAAGCCACUCAAUGACAAAAAUAACAACAGUGGGAAUUCAGUGUUGAACAAUAGCACGCCCAGCACACCAAGACAGAACAUGUCUGUUCCUGUGAGAAAGCCUGGGCCGCUGCCUUCCAGCUUGGAUGACUUAAAGGUGUCGGAACUGAAGACAGAACUGAAGUUAAGGGGUCUGCCAGUGUCAGGCACCAAACCUGACCUCAUCGAACGCCUGAAACCCUACCAGGAAAUGAACAGCAGCGGUGUUGCUGCUGGCAGUAUCGUGGCCGUGCCCACCCCUGCCAUCGUCACCAGUAACCCAGAAGUCACCAUGGCCUUGCCAGUCACAACACUACACAGCUCUGUGACUAGCUCAGUCUCCACGCUCAAGGCAGAGUUGUCGUCCACGGGAGCCAGCAGCACAGCGCACGUGGAGAGUGUGAAUUCCCCUCUGCCCAUCUCACCGUCCCCCUCCGAGCAGUCCAGCCUCAGUACCGAUGACACCAACAUGGCAGACACUUUCACCGAGAUCAUGACCAUGAUGUCUCCUUCGCAGUUCUUGUGCUCAUCUCCUUUGAGAGUGACAAACAAUGAAGACAGCUUAAGUCCCACCAGCAGUACUCUGUCCAGUCUGGAACUGGAUGCCGCUGAAAAGGACCGAAAGCUUCAGGAGAAAGAGAAGCAGAUUGAAGAGCUAAAGAGGAAACUGGAACAAGAGCAGAAGCUCGUGGAAGUACUGAAAAUGCAGCUUGAGGUUGAAAAACGAGGGCAGCAGCAGCAGCAGCAGCACCAGCAGCAGCAGCAGCAGCACCAGCAGCAGCAGCAGCAGCAGCAGCGACCACUGGAUCCCCAGCCCAGUGCUCCAGCUAGCUCUGCCAAUAAGUUAGAUCAGAAACACAGCAGUGUUGCUUCCACCGUCAAAGACGAGGCCUCGCUCUCCGACUGCUCGAGCUCCAGGCAGCCCAUCCCAGUGGCCAGCCAUCCUGGGGGCCAACCCAUCUCUAUGGGCGGCCAGACCCUUGUUGCCAAAAAGGCUGUAGUUAUCAAGCAGGAGGUCCCCGUGGCCACGGCGGAGCAGCAGAGCCUGGUCUCGCAGUUUUACGUGAGUUCCCAGGGGCAGCCGCCACCCGCCGUGGUGGCUCAGCCCCAGGCUUUGCUGACGACGCAGACUGCUCAGCUGCUGCUCCCGGUGUCCAUCCGGGGCUCGAGUGUCGCCUCCGUGCAGCUCCCUGUCAGUAGCCUCCAACUCCAGACUCCACCACAAGCCGGAAUCCAGCCUCAGCCUCAAAUAGCAACUGCUGCACAGAUACCAGCCGCUGCCUUGUCCUCAGGCCUGACCCAGCCUGUUCCUCAGAAGCAAGACACUUUCCCACGGCACGUGCUCAGCCAGCCUCAGCAAGUCAGGAAGGUUUUCACAAACUCGGCAUCACCUACAGUUCUCCCAUACCAGAGACAGCCUGCUCCAGCGGUCCAGCAGCCUUUUAUUAGUAAGACAUCCAACAGCCUUCUCCAGUCCAGAAAUGCUCCGCUCCCAUCAGUGCAAAACGGACCCAACCCUCCCAGCAAGCCUAGUUCGCCCCCACCGCCUCAACAGUUUGUUGUGCAGCACUCCCUGUUUGGCAGCCCAGUCACCAAGACAAAAGACCCUCCCCGCUAUGAGGAGGCCGUCAGACAGACUCGCAGCGCACAGUCCUCCCUCCCAGAGGUUUCCAAUGCACAUAGUCAGCAGAUGGACGACCUCUUUGACAUCCUCAUCAAGAGUGGAGAGAUUUCUCUCCCUAUAAAAGAAGAACCUUCUCCUAUUUCCAAAAUGAGACCAGUGACAGCCAGCAUCACCACAAUGCCAGUCAAUACAGUGGUGUCCCGGCCACCACCCCAAGUCCAGAUGGCUCCACCUAUAUCCUUAGAACCUAUGAGCAGUUUAUCCACCAGUUUAGAGAACCAGCUAGAAGCCUUCUUGGAUGGAACUUUACCCUCAGCCAAUGAAAUCCCUCCACUACAAAGCAGCAGUGAAGACAGAGAGUCCUUCUCUCUGAUUGAGGACCUCCACAAUGAGCUGCUGAGUCAUUCAAGCAUGCUGGACCAUUCACACUCACCCAUGGAAACUUCUGAGGCCCAAUUUGCUGCCAGUACUCCCUGUCUGUCACUUGACCUUUCUGACACAAACUUGGACAACAUGGAGUGGUUAGACAUCACAAUGCCUACGACAUCAUCAGGUCUCACCCCUCUCAGCACCACCACUCCAAGUAUGUUUUCUGCUGACUUUCUGGACCCACAAGACCUGCCGUUGCCCUGGGACUAAAAUCACAGAGGUCCAGUCUCAGAGUUCAUGAGGUUAAAGAACACGAAAAUGAUUCUCAAAGGUCAGUUAUUAGAGAUAGAUCCAUAGUUGCAUCGUUGGAAUUAAAAAGUAUUGUCACAGAAAGAAUGGAUAGAAGGUCAUAGCCUGGAAACAAGUCUGAAAACCUUGCACUGCACUUGGCAGUGAACUUCUACAGUUUAACAUAGCAGAGGGCCUUCUGAAAAUACACGAGUCAGGGAGGACUCAUCUGUUGCUCCAGACUUCAGUAAAGAUGAAAAGUACCUUUAGAUGAAAACAUAGAGAAGAGCCACGUAUGCAGGAAAAUGACAUUAGGAUUCUCUGGUAAUCAACUACAUUUAAACCUCUGUGGUCACUUUACAAAAGACAGACAGCUCCACUCAAAACCUGAGGCCUGUGUGAGAGAGGUGAGAGAUCACUACGCUUGAUAUUUUCCUAGAGGUGGCCUGAGCCAAGCCCAAGACCCAGCGGGGCCACAGGCGGUGGAGAGCACUGGCAGUUGAGCGACGUGAUGCAUCCAGCUGAUGACUUUGGGUUCCAUUCAGAAACCUGUGUAAUUUUUGUGUGUGUGUUGUAGUUUAUUUUGUGAUUUUUUGGAAUCUUCCUUUAGAUUCCCAAAUUUAAAUUUUAAGUGGAAGAUCCUUCACCAUAAGCAGAAAGUGUCUACAAAAUACUGUCAUAAGUAAUCCACUGUAAAAAGUCCAGGUAUAUUGAUAACACUGAAAAUUACAGCCCUCUGGGUUGAUUAGAUUGAUUUUAAUGUGUAUAUUAGACAUUUGUAUGUACACCCUGACAUUAUCAUUUGUACAACCUACAUUGGGGUAAGGAAAUGGGUAUCCAUUAGUCCUACUUCUUUGACUAACUCAAAUAUUUCUAGAGUACUUGAGCCACAUGUAUUUCUGUAUUUAAAGACUUGCUUGCUGACUUUCAGGUAACCAGACCCAUCUCAAAGAACCAAGAAAAGGCUUUAGCAUGAAAUAUCUUUCUGAGCUGGUGAGUUGCAAGUAGAAGGCGAGGGGAAGUCUAUCAUCAACCCGGGACAUUCCCAUGUGGUCGCAGGCUAGGCCACACCACAAGGCCGGCUGCCAGGCCCAGGUCUGGCUGUCCCUCUUCUCUAGCUAAUCCCUGGGUAGUGUUUUACAGGCUUGUACCUGGGUGUCAUACCCAAGCUCUCACUAUAUUAUCAAGCCUAAAACUGUAAAACUGGAGGUUUUAUUAGUAGUUUUUUUGUGUUUGUUUUAUAUAUAUAGAAAAAAGGUAUUACAUAUUUGCUGAGUAGUUUCUUAAGAAUUUUCUAAAAUGCCAACUAUGGUGGGAUUUCCAAAUUUAUUUCAGGCUACUCACAUAGGUAUAUAACAAAAUGUAAAUAACUGAAAAAAAGAAAAAAACUGAAAGCUACCAGAAGAGUCUGGGGGUUUUUUAUUAAAGAAUAUUAUUGUCCCCUCCACCUCACCCUAUAUAAGCCCGGGGGUCAGGCUGAUCUCCCUGGUGAAUGUUCCUUUAGUGAUAUGCAGGAAGGCAGCCUGACCUAUCAUUUGGAAAGAAUUUUCUAAUCAUUUCUGGGGUUGUGUUUUACCUAGGAGCUGAGCUUCUUUCAGCUUUCGUGUUUGGUUUUGGCUUAUACGUUUUACUCCAUCUAAGAACACUGUUUUCCGGCAUCCAGUCAGCCGGACACUGGAGCCCUGUCCUGACUGGUACUUGCUAACUUGGAAGUGCGGCUGCGCCCUCAGACCUGUGUUUGAGGCAGAGGCUGUCCUGCUCAGCGGAAUCUGUAAGGAAGGGUUUGAGUCUUUGGAAACUGGUAAUCCAAUGCAUGGGAUCCAGCAACUCUCUGUUAAGCAGAACAUCGUCAUGUGACCAAGCCCAAGCAGAGCGUGCACCAUACUGGAUGUGAUGGGAACCCUUGAGUCAGGUUCCAUUAAAGGGAUCCUGUCUUCCGGGGCAGGAGUAUUUACUUGGGAAGGUAUUUCUUUUUGGUAGACCUUGGCUAUGGGUUUCUGGCCGAAAAUUUUGGUCAGGGGUUUAUCAGGUCCAUCUUUCGCCUCUGAGCACCAUCUCCAUUCAGAUCUGAGUGGCUUCCUAAGUUAACACCACUUAUCACUGGGACUGUAGGGUGCAACUGAACAACUCAUGCUGUUAACUCUUGUUGAAUCACUUUAUAUUUGCAUAAUCCUGAGUUGUGUACAUAGAUAGCUUUCUAGCCCUCAGGUCCUUUUAUUGCUUUUAAAAUAGGGUUUGAAACAUGUCACAGGAAGGUUGCUCUCCAAAAGUACACAACGCAGUGCAAAGAACGCUAGCUCAGUAGCCUGUCCUCUCUUGGCUGUGAGUUGCUGAAGUGCCCCCUUCACGUAUGUGUUCAAACCUGUGUGUAUUUAUUGUUUAAAAAGGCAAGGUGCCUGUAGUUAUUAACCCUGAAGCCAUCCCACUUGUACCAUUCCUCUUGGCCCUCACCGCCAGGCUCGAGUGGCGAGCCCCAGGCUCUGUGACGUCCGUGCUGCUCUCCAGGACGUUAACUCCACCUUCUGGUUUAGAGUGAGUAUACGGAAAUCGUGCAGCACACGAUGUGACCAAAGAUGAGGCCCCUGUGACCUCUCUCAGUGUACAUAAUGGUAAGUGCAACGGGGAAGGGUGUGCAUUUACUAAGGAAAAUGGUGUCUUUAUUUGUUUAAGGUUCGCCACAUAGCUACUAAAGCACAGGUCAGAACAGCCCAGUUGAAGUUUCAAGAUGCAUGGGUGUAGCUUAGAGGUAGCACUGUUGUGUAUCCUAUUGCAGAAUAUCUUACGUUGCCAAGAAAGUAACUAACUCCUAGAAAUGUAUUCUCUCACUUCCCAGUCUUAUUUCCCUUUAUAUUCUUGAAACACAGUAAUAACAACUGUAGCGUUCUACUGCAUCCAGCUAUCAGAGCAUGGUAUUGGGGGUGGGCUGAGUAAGAAGUUACACCAAAGCUUCUAUAAAGUCUUUGGAAAUCUGGCAGUAUGUGGUCAUCUUGUACAUUUCAGCAAAGCACCUACUAGGAAACCUCUUAGGCAGUUUUAAUGGUUUAUAUUCUAGUGUUUUUUCUGAAAUGUGCAAUCUACUGUAUAGUAUUUGCCACAUAUUUGUACAUAGAUGUAUUCUGAAUUCGUGGAAUUUCUUGCUCAGAUACUAUUUGUGUGUGUUUUAUAUGAAUAUUUUUGUAAUACUGAAGAGCUUAUUUAAAUUUCCUUUUUAAAAGCUGCAUGGUUCUGUGACCCGCGUCGCUGGCACUUUCUGGUUUCUAAGUACAGUUCACCCGCUGUGUCAGAGACAGCCUGGGGUUGGCCCCAAGCUCUGCCUGUCGAAGGAGAAGUCAUGGUCAUAAGAUGGUGCCACCGAGCUGUGCAGCAGGUGACAGUGAUGCCUGGGGCGUGUCCACCCCCUUGUCACCACAGCUGACUCGGGCUUCGUCCGCCCUCAGACCCUUCCAGACAGCCCAGCUCUCUGAGAGUCCUUUCAGGAUUCCCAGGCUGAAACCCGCGCCAACAGCUGACAAGACAGCAGUCCCCACAGUGGUAGGGCGGUCCCUUUACUGUCCUCAAACGGACUUGGCCUUGGAGAAGGGGUAAAGCACUUUGGUGGACUUGCUCCUGUUUUCAGGAGCCCGCCUUGUGGUCAGCCUCCCAGAAGCCCCGGGCAUCGGGAAGGUGGGGGCCUCGGGGCCCCCUGGGGACUUUCUGGGGAAGUUUAGAGAGAAUUGCUAAUCCGGGUCGACCAGCAGAGCAACACAGGUCCAUUUAACCAAAUUCACCAAUAACCCUCCAUUUUUUGCUAUCCACCUCUGCAAACGUCAAAGCUGAAUGUCGGCGACAGAGCAGAAUCCAGCGCACAAAUUGCCCUGCUGCGCUAGAGGCCACACGUUGAGCCCAAAGUUAUCCGAGAACAUUAACUGGAAGGUCAGUUUUCUCGAUAAACACAGCUUAAGAGUGCGUAAAUGUGUAUUUGGAGAGCAUCCUAACUGCGUUUCAGCUAAUCGUUUAAGUGAUUUCAGUCAAAACUGGAAAAUAACAACUAAGGUGUAGACAUUUUUUCCUGGCUCAAGCCUUCAAUAACUUGUUCAUUUAACAAUCCUUCUGGGCUGCAUGGUAAUCGACAGGUCCGUGUUUUUCGUUUUUGUUUUUCUCCCCCCACUUCACCAUUUCUUGCAGUAUCUGAGGAGAUGUACUAUUGCAAGGGGUUUCUACCUAAAAUCUUUCGUUUGAGGCCUGUAAUUCAAAAAGCUGCACAUGUUUACAAAAGAGCUCUUAUCCAAACUCUGCUCUGUGAAUCAUUAUUGGAAAAUGUCACGAUUUUGUGACAACAGGUGGCAAUCUCAGAUCUACACGGUGCUGUCUGAAGUCCAAUAAAACACGUUAUUGGAGAUACCAAAAUAACUGCAGUGUUUAACAGAGCUUUAUGCCAACUCCUGAGAUAAGGCUUUGACAAAGUUUAUACAAUCACUGAAACUCAUACCAGUUAUUACCUCUCUGCAUUAUGCUGUAAGAACACUUGCUAAUUUGGUAGGAGGAGGAGGAAGCGUUUAGGAAAGGGUUUAGUAUCUACCGGAAGUACUUAACGUCAAGUAACCAGUAGUAAUGCAAACUUGCUUUAAAGGAACCAAAGGCAUUGCCAAGUAUUUGCCAAAAGGAGGCACUUUUUAUUUAAAAGUUGAGACUAAUGAGAUCUCAAAAAUCAGUCCCAAAAAGGUAUUAUCCACUUAAGGUUAUAAUUUUCAACAAGAUGUAGAUAUUUCUCUAUUAUUUUCAUGUAAAAUAGUAUAGAUUUGUUUUGUUGGUUUAAGGAUAAUACAUAUUUAGUAGUAAUACAACUUUUUUUUUCUUUCUAGGUAGAAAUUAGUUUUCUCCUUUUCUUGCUUGCAGUAGACAUGCUUAAUGUGAGAGGUGUUUCUCUUAUUUUCAUUGUCAUAUUAUGUCUUAGCAUCUCACUUUAUGAAAAAAGGAGAAAGAUACCAAUCCACAGAGCCCUCCUUGUUGACGCACUAGUUUAGUGAACAAAAAAUUAUGGCAGCCGGGGGUCCAUUCAUGUAUUGCCUUUAUGUUGUUUUUUAAUAAAAAGAAAAACCAUGAUGCCUUUGUAUUUGCUGUUUGCACCCCUGAGAUCAAUUCCAUAUCGUGUUUGAAAUGCCAUACGUUUUGCACAUGUACUGUACAUAGGUAAUGCAUAUGUAUUUUUUUAUGUGUGCCCAUUUAUCAUCGGAUGUUUUGUACAUAGUGGCAGUAUUGUAGCUGAUCGGGAAAUGUUUGAUAUCUCAGCAAUUUUGCAUUUUUGUGUCUCAAAUAAAAAACAUUUUGACGUACUAUGAUU